GCAUUAGAAGUGGGGCUUUGAAGGGGUUUUGUGUGGGGAAUGGUGGGUUGCGGAUUGUGCUCGCGGAAUUCGACAAUGGCGUUGUCGUCGUCGUCUCUCAUCUCGUCGACUUCGUCGCAAGCGUUCUUCUCUUCCUCUUCGUGCUCAUCAGAUGCGCUAGCGGGGAAUUCCUUCUCCUGCUCCUCGCACUUUAAUCAACACCAGGUCAAGGCUCUGCCGCGGAUAUCAUGUAAAGCUGAAGACACCAUUGGCAGUAAAAGGAGAGGUCGACGUGGGGGAAGAAAAGAUCCCAUGUUGGAGGAACAUGAAAGGGAUGAAGGUACCACUUGGCCCUACUUGCAGACAAAUGAGCGUGUGUUGAAGGACAACUUAAACUUGAACUUGCUUGUGGACACUGAAAAUCUUCUCUCUCGGGCCAACAAUAAGUUUGGACUCGCUCUAGAAAUAGCAGAGGAAGCUAAUGAGUAUCUGAGGAACAACAAGGAGGAGGCUCUCUACAAGAAGCCCAUUUUGAAGGUGAUGAGCGACAGAAUAAACGAAGCAGCUGGAGAAAACAUCAGAGACUCAUACAUGGAGGAGAGGUUAGACCCCCAACAUUAGUGUUGUAAACAAUCGAUGCGCAUCCUUUGACAACAUUGAAUUAGAAUAUUCCAUGUAGGGUCAGCAGUAGUUUUUGUAGCUUGUUUCAUAAUCCUUAUCAGUCAUAACAUGACCUAUUUUGUUUUAUUUCGACGAAAGGAGACCUUAUUAUCACAAAUUAGGUGGAUAAUUCCACUACAAACUUUUGGUUUGUGCCUUGAGAGUCGUGUGCAUUUUCUUUCAGCCGAUGGAUGUGCAAUGUUCAGAAUUAUUCUUUCCAGUCUUCCUCUUGGGGGGCUGAACAAAACAGAUAAACUGCUAGCUAUUAUCACAGCUGAACUCAGCUUUGUUGGUUAA